AUGGGAUCCCAGCCAGCUCAGACGCAUCCUGCGGGCCCGUCCCAUGCUCCACGGACAAUUCGCGGCACUCAACCUGGUCUCCUUGACCCGACCCAAUCCUCCCGUCUAUUGCGUGCUCCAGAUUCCAGACUCUCCUUCGCGUCCUUCGAUCCACGUACCGCUCUUGCUGGCGAAGAUAUCCCGGACUUGCACAAAUUAUCUAUCGGCGAGGAUCUUCCACCUCCCAAACGUAUCGUCAUCGAAACAACACCCAAAGGCACGAGCUUUUGGAGAUUUGUGCCAAAAGCACGCCUGGAUGGAGGUGUGCGCGAUGAAGGCUUUUGGCCACGAGUAGUAGAAAUAUGCGGGGAACACGUGUUUUGCUACCAGGAGCAGUGGGAGAUUUAUAAGUUGGACCCGGAAUAUCAGUGCACUGUUCACUUUGGCUUCAGAUUUUCAUCUGUUGUGAGGGUUGAUCCCCAGGCUCGGCGGUCUAGGGCUCCUUCACCAUCAGGCCCAAAGCGCGUGCGUGCACGCACGCCUACUCCUGAAGCGGAUACCCCGCUUCCGAGCAAAAAAGCACGUUCUCGGUGCGCUCAUGUAGCUAGUGACGAUUACAGCAGUGACAGUGAAUCUGACGAGGACGAAGAAGAAGUGAAACAAAUGGUUGUUGAUGACCUUCUUCGUCGCAGGGCCAAACCCACAUCGGAUGCCGUGCGAUCCGGGAGGGAAGAAUUGAAAAAAGGAGCGAGACGCGCGUUGGCAGAAGAACAAGAGAGCACAAGCAAAAUAUGCCGAUGUCCAUGGAUGCAGAACAAUUUGCAUCUCACGGCAAUACUGGGACUCAAGCAAAAGAGAAUGCCAAACGAAAAAAACACGGAUUUACCGCUGACACGGACGACGAAACUGCCACAAGAACACACCCCUACCAAUGGCCAUGUGCGAAAGCGCCAGCGAACUACAUCACCAAGUCAGGCCAAACAGGCUCUUUAUCACUCAAAAGUCCAACGGGAAAUGCGAAAACAAGCAAAAGUUAGGGCAAUGGACGAACGCCAUCAAAAGGGAUUCAAACAAGUGUUUGCCGAUUAUUACCCAAUCAACAUCGACGAACUGUUGAGUCAUCAUAAAGAGCCAUCGACAUGUCCUCAGCCCGCUGCUUCGCAAGAACGGUCCGACUCUCGUGAGAGUGAUGACUCGAACGAAGAGGCAAUGCGACAAGCCGAGCUCGCAGAGUCCAUUCGCAAAAUGCGAGAACUUGACCGGGAUAGACCUCUUUGGGAAGAACAGCGAAAGAAACGUGAGGCGCAUGAACGUGCCGAGGAACAGGAGCGCCAGGCUAAAGCCGAACAGCGGAGAAGAGCUGAGGCAGAAAGACAAAGGCAGCAACGUGAGGAGGCCGAACGUCAGGCACGCCAGGUCCGAGCGGAAGCUGAACGACGUGAUGCAGAGGAAAGGCAACGACAAGAACAGCGGCGUUUCAGGCAACGGCAACGGCAACGCUGGGAGUCCGGUACGUGGACGAGUCACCGAGCCCUGGAACGAUACAAAGUUCUCAGUGAGGAGUUUGACACUGCGAAGUUCACGCCUGAUCAGCCGAUCGCUUUUCUUGAUAUCCCAUGGCCUGUGCUCCAUCAUCCUUCCCGUCUAACAGUGGAGGACGUCGACUGGUCCGCGGUGGAGAGAUUUUUUGCAACUGUCAAGACCUCCAUGCGACCUCAAGAUUACAAAGAUUUUGUGGAAAGAAGUCAUCGGCGAUUUCACCCAGAUAGAUGGCGUGCCCGUAAGCUGUGGUCGGCUAUUCGGGAUGACGUAGAACGUAGCUGCCUUGAGGUUGCCGCCAACACAGUCGCCCAAGCUAUUACGCCAAUCUGGAGAGAAGUGAAACCACAUUGA